GCUGGGUUUAUGUCGAGUCCGCAUCUUGCGUCCCACAAACAUACUGUUCCCAACACUCCUUCCAUGAUGAUACUCAUAAUGGAGGGAAACUUUCCUGACACUAAUACCACCAAUAUUUGAUAAAUUUCGUCCAUCACUAUUAAUCAGAGCACCGGAGAGAGGGUAUCACACCGGGACGUGUCUUUGUCCAUACGUCUGGUCAAAGGUCUGGUAGGUGGUUGCCUCCCAGAUCUGACUGGAUUAUCCUGGUACUUAGCAUGCAUAUAAUCCAAUGCAUAAGAUACCCCUCCAAUCCAGUACUGGUCAAGGCUUCUUUGAUGACGUUGGUACUAACAUUGUUGAAUGCUCUCUCUAUAUCCAAGAAGGCACCCUGUACUGCCGCGAUCGCUCAAUCGAGGUGAUGCUGAUUGGUCGAGAGCCUUUCGUGGACUCAUGCCCGCGCCUCCCCGCUAUUGAUAUGAAAACAACUCGUGCGCAUUUCCAGGACUGUGAUACACAUCCUAAAGUGAUACAGCUCUGGAAAUCUCAACAAGCUACUGCAAAAACCUUUGCUGUUGCUUGCAGCCGACUUGUAUUUCUUCAAGCUGUCCUUAUAUUUAUGCCUGUAGCAGGUGUCGAAGAUUUCCCUGGUCAGCUUCCUGAAGCUAAAGAGAUCUUCUUUCGUCCACGGUGGCAGUGUCUUCUUGCUGUAUUUAGAGGGGCACGAGACUUUAAAACCGAUAUCGAAUGCCUUUUCCAGGCCACCGACCUUUGCCUCCGGUUCAUCUGUCCUGCCGAUCUUGCCAAUUUGCGCACCGUAGAGUUUGUUCUUUCUCCAUUCGGCCCUUCAGAUUCCUCCUCCGCGAGGAUAUAUGCUCUAUUUCUGUCCUAAUCAG